AUGGAUCAUGGUACAUCAACCAUACGACCAACAUCAGAGACAAAUCCCCGGUUACCUUCGUCCAAUACGACAAUUCCGAAGGCAAAGGGUAACAUUUGUCCACGUUGUGAGAAACUUGUCUACUUUGCUGAAGAAGUCAAAGCUGCUGGACAGACAUUUCACAAACAAUGCUACAAAUGUGCAAAGUGUAAUAAGAGUAUCAACGGUGCAGAUUACUCGGAACAUGAUGGUUAUCUUUAUGAUAAUAAUUGUUAUAAACGUUUAUUUGCUCCGAAAGGUGUCGGCUAUGGAAUGGGUGCAGGUGCUUUAUCGACAGGCAAUUGA